UAUUAGUUUAAAUUAAAAGGCUAAAGCAACUAUCAACUAGAAAGAAAAGCAAGCAACAACUAGGAAAAAAAUAUGGAUUCCACUAAAGCAGCAGAGAUAUAUCCAUUCCAUCCUAACAAAUCCCGAAAGCUCAAGACGACCUAAUUUCUGACAUGCACAAACAAAAUAAAAAACCCUAGACAUAAACCUAGGCCCCAAUCGAAGAAAGCUAAAUCAUGGCUAAGAAAGGCAAUUUCUCCUCUGAUUAUCUGACGGUGGAUGUGCGGUGCAGUUUCAAGACGCUGGUGGUGCUCCUCGUGGCGGUGCUGGUGGUCGGGGCCGUUUAUCUGACGGCGGAGGGCGGCUACCUCGUGCAAGGCGGCGCGGCGGCGGCAGAGAAUUCCGGCUGCGAUUUGUUUUCCGGGAGAUGGGUUUACGACAACGAGUCGUAUCCGUUGUAUAAGGAGGAGGAAUGCACGUUCAUGUCGGAUCAAUUGGCGUGUGGGAAAUUUGGGAGGGCUGAUUCUAGUUAUCAGCAUUGGAGGUGGCAGCCUCACCACUGUGACCUUCCUAGGUUGAAUGCCACAGCAUUAUUAGAGAGACUAAGGAAUAAAAGGUUAGUUUUCGUUGGAGAUUCAUUGAAUAGAGGGCAGUGGGUAUCUAUGGUGUGCUUGCUCGACAAAGCAAUCCCACGUGGCCGUAAAUACAUGCACAACAAUGGCAGCGCCUUGAUCACCUUCAAGGCUAAAGAUUACAAUGCAAAAAUCGAGUUCUAUUGGGCUCCGCUGUUGGUGGAGUCGAAUUCCGAUGAUCCCGUUAGCCACCGGUUACCGGAUCGCAUAGUGAGAGCCCAAGCGAUUGAAAAGCACGCUCGCCAUUGGAGUGAUGCUGAUAUACUCGUUUUCAACACCUAUCUGUGGUGGAGAAGGCCUCAAAUGAAAGUUUUGUGGGGUUCAUUUAAUAGUUCAGAUGGAAUAUACAAGAAAAUAGAGAUGCUUCGUAGCUACGAGAUGGCUCUCAAAACGUGGUCGGAUUGGUUGGAAAUUCAUGUGAAUCGCACCAAGACUCAACUGUUUUUUAUGAGCAUGUCUCCCACUCACGAGAGGGCUGAAGAAUGGAGAAGAUCCAAAGGAGAAAACUGCUAUAGCGAAACCGACAUGAUAUCGAAGGAAGGGUACAUAGGACAAGGGACAGACCCUAAAAUGAUGCAAAUCGUAGAUGCUACACUUGAUGAACUCAAAACGAGAGGCGUAAAUGUGCAAAUGAUAAACAUAACUCAACUCUCGGAGUAUAGAAAAGAAGGCCACCCUUCGAUUUAUAGGAAACAAUGGGAACCUUUGACUGAAGAACAAAAAUCUAAUCCACUUGGUUAUGCAGAUUGCAUACAUUGGUGUCUUCCUGGAGUUCCUGAUGUCUGGAACGAGCUCUUGUAUGCUUAUAUUUUUAAUCAUGAGUCGAAUUGAAAGUUGUUGAUGUUAAUUUUCACAAGAUUUUACAAAGGUAAAAUCUUUUUUGUUUUAAUUGGAAUAUGUUACUUUUACUUCAA